GCCCCCGCCGGCGCAGCCGCCCUACGCCGCUGGCCGCCGCCUCCGAACUGGGGGCUGUGGGUGUGUGUGGGGGGUGCCGAGGGUGGGGGGGAAACACAAAGAUGGCCGUUCCAACUACGGCUGUUUUCAGAUGCUUCACAUGUGAACAGAGACUUAUUUGGAUUAUGUGUUUCUCAGCUAGACUAAAUAAAUGUUAACAAUGGAUAAGUGCAAACACAUUGGGCAGUUGCAGCUUGCUGAAGACCAUUCCGUUCUCAACCCUCAGAAAUGGCGUUGUGUGGACUGCAAUACAACUGAGUCCGUUUGGGCUUGCCUUAGCUGUUCCCAUGUUGCCUGUGGAAGAUAUAUUGAAGAACACGCACUCAAGCACUUUCAAGAAAGCAGUCAUCCUGUUGCAUUAGAGGUGAAUGAUAUGUAUGUUUUUUGUUACCUUUGUGAUGAUUAUGUCCUUAACGAUAAUGCAAGCGGAGACCUGAAGUUACUACGAAGUACGUUAAGUGCAAUCAAAAGUCGAAAUUAUCGCUACACCACUCGUAGUGGAAGGGUUUUACGAUCUAUGGGUAUAAGUAAUAAUUCUUAUUUCUUACGUAAUGGCGCCCAAUCCCUGCUUCAAAAUGAAGAUCAAAUGUAUACUGCUCUUUGGCACAGGAGAAGGAUCCUGAUGGGUAAAAUGUUUCGAAUUUGGUUUGAACAAUCACCCAUUGGAAGAAAAAGGCAAGAACAAUUUCAGGAAAAAAGAGAAAAAAGAGAAGUUAAGAAAAGACGACAAGAAUUGGAGCAUCAAGUUAAAGCAGAACCGGAAAAUAUGCUCCCAAGAAAGAGUCUGCGUUUGCAAGGUCUAGCUCUGUCCACAAUAAAAAUAGUUCCUGUUGAAGAACCACUCCAAACCCCAGCAGCACCAGCAAAAGAUAAAGUGGUGUCUAUCUCAGAAGAUGUAAGAUUAAAAAAAGCCAGUGACUCCUCAACUAAACAAAGGCCAAUUUUAGCUCCUGGUGUAACAGGAUUAAGAAAUUUGGGAAAUACUUGCUAUAUGAACUCUGUUCUUCAAGUGUUGAGUCAUUUACUUAUUUUUCGACAAUGUUUUUUAAAACUUGAUCUGAACCAAUGGCUAGCUGUGACAGCUAAUGAAAAGACAAGGUCAUCUUAUAAGCAUCCACCAGUCACAGAUGCAGUGUAUCAAAUGAAUGAAUGCCAAGAAAAAGCUAAAAGCUCUGUCUACUCCAGACACCUAAGUUUAUCAUCUAGACUAAGUGGUGGAGCAUCAAAGAGUAGAAAGAUGGAACUUAUUCAGCCAAGGGAGUCAAGUUCACAAUACAUUUCUCUCUGUCAUGAACUGCAUACUUUGUUCCAAGUCAUGUGGUCUGGAAAGUGGACCUUGGUCUCACCAUUUGCUAUGCUACACUCAGUGUGGAGACUAAUUCCUGCUUUUCGUGGUUAUGCCCAACAAGAUGCUCAGGAGUUUCUUUGUGAACUUUUGGAUAAAGUACAACAUGAACUAGAGACAACUGGUACCAGGUUACUAGCUCUCAUCCCCACUUCUCAAAGGAAACUUAUCAAACAGGUUUUGAAUGUUGUGAAUAACAUUUUUCAUGGACGACUUCUUAGUCAGGUGACAUGUCUUGCAUGUGACAACAAGUCAAAUACCAUAGAAUCUUUUUGGGACUUAUCACUGGACUUUCCUGAAAGAUACCAACACAGUGGAAAAGAUAUUGCUUCUCAGCCAUGCCCAGUUACUGAAAUGUUGGCCAAAUUCACAGAAACAGAAGCUUUAGAAGGAAAAAUUUAUAUAUGUGACCAGUGUAACUCAAAGCGUAGAAGGUUUUCUUCAAAACCAGUUGUACUCACAGAAGCCCAGAAACAGCUUAUGAUUUGCCACCUACCUCAAAUUCUUAGACUACAUCUCAAACGAUUCAGAUGGUCAGGACGUAAUAUCCGAGAGAAGAUUGGUGUUCAUGUUGACUUUAAAGAAGUCUUAAACAUGGAGCCCUACUGCUGCAGGGAGUCCAUGAAAUCCCUCAGACCAGAAUGUUUUUUCUAUGACUUAUCUGCUGUAGUAAUGCACCAUGGGAAAGAAUUUGGCUCAGGACACUACACUGCCUACUGCUAUAAUUCUGAAGGAGGGUUCUGGGUACACUGCAAUGAUUCCAAGCUAAGCAUGUGCACUAUGGAUGAAGUAUGCAAGGCCCAAGCUUAUAUUUUGUUUUAUACCCAGCAAGUUACUGAGAAUGGACAUGCUCAACUCUUGCCUCCAGAGCUCCUGUCUGGUAUCCUACCUCCUACUGAAGAAGCUGAUACCUCUAAUGAAAUGCUUAGCUGAUCCAAAGACAGUGGGGCUUCUUGCAAUUUAUAUAUAUAUUUUUUUUUUCCUCAAAGGGCUGACUUAAAAUUUUGAGCUUCGUUUUUAUUUUUUACUUACUAAAUCAGUGCAUACUAUGUGUAUACAUUUUCUAUCUAACUACGUCAUUUUACAGAUAAAACAUAGAUACCUGUAUAUCAAUUACAGUAGGUAACUAAACUUUUUUCAAAUACUUGGGAGUUUUUAACUUUUUAGUGUUUACCUCACACUGGUAUUACCUCGUUUAUAUUUAGUUUUAAUUGGCUCAGAUCAUGAAUUUGUGCAAUCUUGUAAUUCAGCUUAGGUAACAUCAUUUUAUACAUUUUUUCUCUUUUGCAGCUAUUUCCUGUACAAAUUCUUAUUUGAUAGAAAAUUAGACACUUUCUUCACUAACAAUUUUACCCCGCAAAAGUAAUUUCUUUCAGGCCAUUUGUAUAUUGAAGUUACCUUUACCCCUUUGAAGGAAGUUAAACUACUACUUUCAAAGAGAAAUAUCAAGGCAUCAUCUAAAUACUCAUCAAACAAAACUCAUUGAUAUUUCUGAGGCUUUGUGUUACUGGGCUCAGAAGACGUUAAUGGAAUUUUUUUUCCAAAAAUUUAUUCUUAAUAAUUGUUCCUCAAUUGGCAUAGUCAAACUAUACAAAGGAAAAUGAUAGCUUUAUAAAUAGUAUGUUAAAUGACUUAAUUACUAUGGACAUCAAAACAAUAGCUUGGGCUCAUGAUGAUUUGUUUGGCAGCAAAUAGGUUUGUCCUGUUUCAAAUAAAGCAAUCAUAUCAAAAACUUGAAUUUACCAAACAGUAUGUUACACAAUUUAACUUGGAUAUGAGUUUUUUAUGACUAAACACUGCAUCUCUUAAACCUUUGUACCACAUAUCUUGAGAUCCUUAAAGGAAUAAAAAUAAGCCUUGAAGCAAAAAAAAUUACAGGGCAGAGAAAAUAACUUUAAAAUUGGCAGAUGGACCCUGGUCAGAUUGCUCAGUUGGUUGGUUGGAGCAUCAUCCUGUGCACCAAAAGGCUGUGGAUUCAAUCCCAUCAGGGCACAUACGGGAGGCACUGAUUGGUUUCUCUCUCACACGGAUGUUUCUUCUUCCUUCCUCUCUCUCAAAGCAAAUACAUCCUCAGGAUUUUAAAAAAUGGGCAGCUGAGCAAUAUGCAUCUCAUUUUUCUAAGUAACUAAAGCCUGAUUUCUCUCUUGCUAGGGUUAUGUGAAUACUGGGAACCUCUUUAGAUAUUCAAACUCUGGGCCCUGACAUUUAAAAAAAUUAUCUCAUCUUGCACUUUUGUUAAAAAUUGUUAAAAAUACAGUAUGACUCUGUUCUUCCCUAAUAAUCUUUCUAGAUCUCCUUAAAAUCCUACUGCUGCUUUUAUUUCAGAAAGAUAGGAACCCACUAGCAGAUGUUGAUCAACUAUAUAAGAUCUUAGGUCAGUGUUAACCACUAAAUCAUUACUUUUUUUCUUGAGUUUUCUUGCAGGUUGAAAUCUUAAUGAAAGAUAACAUCCUGUUAAAUGCUGUUCUCCACUAGCGAUCAUCUGUAAGUACAAGCUUGAGAAUGACCUCUAUUAGCAAAUUUUUCUAAUUUUCAGAGAGCAGGUCAUCUGGGGCAGCCAAUUGUGAAGUGCAAUGAGAAAUUACCACUGUACAGACAUAUCAUUUAUUGCCAAAAAUACAACUUGUGUUAAAUGGCUAAGGUUUAAAAUCAUUCAUUAAAUAUCUAUGCAAGUUGUUACCUCAACUGUUAAUGUAAUUAUACCUCACUAAAGAUUUACGUGGUCAAGGUACCUGAAUAUAGUCUUUCUUAAUCUCAAGGAUAGGCUAACUGCUAUACAUUUUAACCCCUAAUUUU